AUGGUAAUCUCCCCUGAAUAUCCCGGCUUAGAAGUCAAAGUCUGUGUUGUUGGUCAGCAGUUGCAUGAGUACGACGACGAAGAUGCUACACUAAAGACAAUCACCAAGUACAUAGAAGCACGCUCAGACUGCAAGUUCGUGGUCACUGCUAUCUUCCGGCCGCCGUUUUCGACUCGCUACCAUGUCAGAGCGCAACUUUCGAUUGACGGAGUCUCCGUAGCUAAAACAUUUUGCGAACGAGAGAAGCUCCUCCAAAAACAAAUCGAGAUGAGUGGCCAUCGGUCGCAACGAAAUGGAGAAUGGGUCAAACAAGACUUCUGCUUCGCCAAACUGAACAUUGGCAAGUACCAGAAAUGUGCUGCUGUUUUGAAGCAGACUCUCAGUACUAAAGGACGUAUCACCAUAGCCUUUCAAUUCAUCGAAAGCUACCAAGAUUUGGGACUAGAUCCCCGACCACCCAGCAACAGACGCCAUGAACUUGAAGCGCUGAAGGAAAUCCCGGAGAAAGCACUCAAGGGUGACGCAUUAUCACAUCAAGCAGUCCUCAAAACACUUCGAAUUCUCAAAAUCACCGAGCCCACUUCUGUUCCUCUGGAAGACAGGCCCGAGGAGGACCUUACCCCAGCGGAGCUGAGAGAGCUACUGCGUCGCGUGCGACAACGAGAAGGAGAGAGCGAAUCUAUCAAGCAGGAAGUUAGUACUACUGCUAGAGUCAAGCGCGAAAGGACCAUUGACGACAAGGAUGAUGUAAUCUAUGUUGAGACGCGACAAAGCAAACGUCCACGUAUGGAUCAGACCGUCAUCAUGAUAGACUGA